GUGGCAACCGGCGAGUAUUUUCUUGCUCCCAAAAGGAUGGCGAAUAGCGAGAGUAUUGAUGGAGACGACGACGAUAAUAAGAUAGAAAAGCUAAAAGACAGGUGUGAGAUGGGUGACGGCAAUGCCAUGUUCGAGCUCGGACAUUUAUACUUUCUGGACGAGAAAUACAGUGAAGCUCUGCCAUACUUUCAACAGGCGGCCGACAAGGGUUCCUAUCAGGCUCGAUAUCAGCUGGGAGUGAUGCACUACGACGGUCUCGGCGUCGAGUGCGAUCCUGCGAAGGGAUGCGACUACAUGCGGCAAGUGAUCGACAACGAGAAUCGAAAAAUCGAGCAUCUCAUUCCAUCGGCGCAGUUCAAUCUCGGCCGAGCGUACCUCGAAGGAUACGGAGUUGCGCAGUCGGACGACGACGCACUCGAGUGGCUCGAACGAGCAGCGAGGGAGGGGCUACCGUCGGGCAAUGUGGCCGCGCAGAGUAUGCUGGGCAUGCUCUAUUCGAGACAAGACUUUCUUGAUGUUAAAAAAGCAUUUCGAUGGCAUCAACAUGCCGCUCGUAAUGGGAGCCUAGAGUCACUGGGUGCAUUGGGUGUUAUGUAUGAACAUGGAGUAGGGACUCGUGUGGAUACCAAGAUGGCCUUGAGGUGUCUAAAGGAUGCAUCGGAUAGAGGAAGUGUGUAUGCGACUGCGUCACUGGUGGCUCACUACUUUAACAGACGUCUCUACACUAAAGCCGUUCAAUUCGCUCUGACUGUAGUCACUCUCGAUGACAAAAACAUCCACAUGAUUGCACAGAGAACGACCUGUGAUGCAAUUUUUGUGUCGAGAGGCAUAGCACUCGCCUGUUUCUAUCUGGGAAGAUGCUUUCAUACUGGACAAGGAGUUGACAAAUCAAUCCCCGAAGCGAAAAAGUGGUAUGAUAAAGCCUCCAAAUUGGAUAAAGAAAUCGCUGCCCAGCUGCACCAUCAAGUAACAGUCGGUGGGCAGAAAUGA